GAACUUUCAGUGUAUAUGUUCUAAUGUAAACAAUAUGGGAAGCUCGUGUAGCUGCGUGACGCGUGACCAGAAAACCCCACGAGAACUGAGAACUUUAGAGAACAAACUACCAGUGAGUCCAGUAACUCCUGAGUACGGCCCGAGUUUGGGUUCUCAGAUAGCCCUCAACGGAAAUACACCUCGCGUUGUUAACAGAGAACAGGAACACUACGGCACAACAGUGACUAUAAGUGCAACAGAAGCCAUGCAUUUAACUGAACAGAAGGAGAGACGCGACCAAAUAAACAUGAAACUAAGAGAAGGCGACAAAAACACCGUCAAUGGCGGUGACCGAGACCGGGCGCCUGAACCGGUCCUGCGACCACGGGACCCACACACCGAGGCCGUCGUGGAGAGAGCCAAGCGUCUCAGUAACAGACUUAGCUCCAUGACCAGCUCCUGGAGGAAGGAGAGGGAGGGAACCAUGGAGGAGGGGGCGCCGAACCCUGGUGAACUAGCGGCGACCCUGGGGAGAGUGCUGGCAGGAGAAAAUAACAUGGCGGAGUUAACUGCACUCGUCACUCGACUGGAAGCGGCCGUUGCUAAACUCGAGGCCCACGGGGCAACCGUCGGCGGUCCCCCCCUGCCCCCACCCAGGAUGGCCAAUGGUUGCACUGCUGCUGUAAGAAUUCACAAUCGAGUGUGGCAGCAAUGGGGUGAACAAUCUACGGUGCCAUUUGUGGUGGCAUUUGACACUCUCCUGUCUGGACCCUUCAAGAUCUUUUUGGACAAGAGCAAUGCCAUAGGUAAUGAUGUGGCUGCCAUGUCAAAACUUGUGGAGUCUGCAUUCAGGACUCAGCGAGCCUUUCUUGUGAUGGCUGCAAAGAGCGUUAAGCCUUCAUCUGAUCAGCUGCCUAAGGUUCUUGAAGCAACUGGCCAGCAGAUCCAAGAGGUGAUCAAGUUCCGGGAAAGCAAGCGCUCGUCGCCACAGUUCAAUCACCUGAGCGCCGUGAGCGAGAGCAUCCCUGGUCUGAGCUGGGUGGCCGUGGAGCCUGCGCCCUCCCAGUACUGCAGGGAGAUGAUGAAUGCUGCUGUCUUCUACACCAACAGAGUUCUUAAGGACUUCAGGGAGAAGGACAAGCUGCAUGUGGAGUGGGUGAACGCCUACACGAGUGUGUUCAGUGAGCUCUGCGACUACAUCAAGGAGUACCACACGACGGGGGUGUCCUGGAACCCAAGAGGGGGGGCUGCGGUGGCUGCUCCUCCCCCACCCCCUCCCGGAGGCAUACCGCCCCCUCCCCCCAUGGUGAAGCUGGAGCCCAAGGCCAUCGAGGUGGACGCCUCGGCGCAGCUCUUCCAGGAGAUCAACAAGGGACUCGAUAUCACCUCCAAGCUCAAGAAGGUUCCUGAUGACCAGAAGACCCACAAGAACCCCGGGCUGCGUGAAGGCCCCAAGCCGUUCAUCAAGAGCGCCUCCCCGCAGCCCAAAGCCCCCGUCCAGGCCGUGGCCAAGCCCCCCAGGCUGCAGCUCGAGGGGAAGAAAUGGUUCGUGGAGUAUGAUGAGACUGGUGUUGCAGGUAACCACAAUUGCCAGAGUUGCCAAGCCCAGGUGCUGGGUCAAGUCCCGACCAUCGCCAUCGAGAAGACCGACGGCUGCAUGGUCUACCUGAGCGAGGCGUCACUGGGGGCUGAGAUCAUCACUGCCAAGAGCUCCGAGAUGAACAUCCUCCUGCCGACUGGCACUGGCGAGUUCAGUGAGCACCCUGUACCUGAACAGUUCAAGACGCUCGUCCGUAACGGCCAGCUCGUCACCACCUGCACCGAGAAGGCUGGCAACUAGAGCACGUCUAGUGGUGCUCUAGAUGGCAACCAGUGCACGUCUAGUGGUGCUCUAGAUGACAACCAAUGCACGUCUAGUGGUGCUCGUGCUGGCAACAGAUCGAGCGCGUCUAGUGAUGAUGGUGCUCUAGAUGCCGUUCGAUAUCGUCGCUGUAAUAUUAGUUAGGCAUCACCUACACCGACAAGGCCGUCGACUAGAGCGUCUUUAGUGGAGCUCUCGAUGGUAUUUGGAGCACGUCUAGCCAUGAUGGUCUAGAUGUCGCUUCAUCCCGUCUCUAUAAUAUUAGUUAAUUGCUUAAUUUCCCUUCAUUAGUGGCUAGACACCACGAUGCAUUGACUUGUGUUGUGGGGCGAUUAUGCGCGAUUGCAUUCAUAGCUAAAAGCUGUUUUCAAAUCUCCUCUCCAUUAGUGGCUUAUACUGCAGUACUUACACGCUAGCUUUAACAAUGAGGUCAUGUUGCUCCUUUCUCUAAUUUAAUUAGACAAAAAUUUAUUCUAUGGAUCACCCGUCGUUUGCUGUGCUCUUUAGUAAAGUUACGAACUCCCUGAAAUUGAGCUUUGCAUUCACGUCCAUGGAUCAGUCAUUCGUAAUACUUCGAUGUCCGCGGAGUAUUUUAAUUAGAUAUUAAUUGCAUUUAAUAAAUGAACAAUUUUAACAUCGUAUGCAGUGAGGGAUAUGUUGGUCAGGGAGUUUAUUUUCUGAGUAAUUUUGCCAAAACCACCAAUGAAAAUUCUUCCAUCCUGACUUUGCUAAAUUCACCAAGUAACGCAUGAACCUCAAUUGACCAUGCAAGUAUCAACUUUACAUUGCUGGACUAAGCGAGUAUCAACUUUACAUUGCUGGACUAUGCUAGUAUCAACUUUACAUUGCUGGACUAUACGAGUAUCAACUUUACAUUGCUGGACUAUACGAGUAUCAACUUUACAUUGCUGGACUAUACGAGUAUCAACUUUUCAUUACUGGACUAAGCGAGUAUCAACUUCACAUUGCUGGACUAUGCUAGUAUUGACUGGUAAAGUAGGACCAUGUGAGUAUCAACCUAUGUAGCUGGACCAUGCAGGUCAUCACAAGUCCUUGUGACGUGACCACCUGUUGCUUACUUCAGGAUUUUUCUCCCAUGCAUUUGAGGGACGUGGUCAGGAGUGCAGGGUUCCUACAUAUUCGUAUAUUAUCGGACCCUUAUUUAUGUUUAAUGAACUAAAUUAUUUUCUUUAGAUUCAUCUGCUCAGUUUUAUGUUCUUUUGUUAUGUAUGUGGAUUUAGAACUAAUGUUGUUUGCAAUGUAAUUUUCGUAUAAUUUUUUCAUUAUGUAUAUUAAUAUUAAUCUCUUUUGAGUUAACUGAUCAAUUUUAAUUUGUAUAAUAUUUUAGUGGAAGUAGUAUUGAAUUUGUGGCUUGCACUUCGUUCGGUUCUUGCUUUUUGAAGCUGUUCUCUUGUUUGAUUAUUUAUUUACUAAUCAUAGCAGCUAGGUGCUUUCUGCGAUUGUGUUUCGAAAUUACAUUUAUUAUCUUUGUUUAUAUUUGCUUGGCAUUAUAACACGUUGAUGACCUUAAACUAUUCUGACCAUCAGCAGCAGUUGUGUUGCUCUUUCUCCGCUGGUUUUUUCCUUAACAUCAAUGAAUGUCACUUGCCACUCUGAACGAGUCUGUUUGUACAGUAACUUGACUUGAUGUCCGUAACUUGAGGCAGUGUCUGUAACUAGUGGCGGUGUCUGUAACUAAAGUCAACGUUGGUAACGAGACGACAUCUAUAGCUGCUAGCGGGCUACAUGAAGUCAUUUUUCGACACAUGAUCAAGCGCCUGACUUCGCUAUAAUCAGCAUGCUCGAGUACCAAACUAUUCUGCGAGUGGAACAUUUUUUUUAUUUGAAAGUGAACUCUUAUGGUCAGACUCGUCAGAAGUCACAAUAAAUAGUGGAAGUUGUCAAGGUUUUCCUAUGUUCUGAUGUUUUUCGUAUUGCGAUAUAGAAUCGAGUUUAUUCUAGAACAGUUUUUAGUAACUAAACAAGAAGUCGGGGUCCAGGAACGCACUGUAAGUGAACGGUGCUUUUUGCACUGCUUGGACAAUACUCUCUCUUAGGAACUGCUCUUGCAUUUUAAAUAAAAUGAUUCUUGAAAUAA